CGUAUUUUGCAAACGUUGUGUGAAAGACGCUGAACAGCCCCACUUGUGACCACGGCCGACCGCCGGAAUACAGUGGGGUUCAUAUACAACAGCUCGCCCCAUUUACCCUGUCAAGACCCUUGUGCAGAGAUUUACAUUAAUACAGAUGAGAACUGUCUUCCGAAAGGAGCCCUGGAUCUUUACAACAUUUAUUUGGGUUAAUCUCUGUUGUAAAAAAACAUUCUGGUUUGAUUAGACAGAAAGUCUAAUAUCGAUAUUACAUAUUAAAGAAACAGUCGUUAUUAAUAUUGAAUUUUAAUCCCAUUGAAAAGAAUAUGAGCAUAUCUUUUGGAAUUGACUUGGUUAUUAUACUUGCGCGUUAUCAAAUAUAUAAAGUGAAAUGGUCCGGGAAGAGAUCUGUUUGAAGACUUCACAAUAGAUGUAAAGGCGUUUACAUUUACAGACUACAUCGAAAUGUAAGAACAUGACAGCUCUGCCGACCUUGUGUUUAUUUACCUUGUUUAAUGUUUUAUCAUAAAGUGUAAUUGUGUUAAAUUGUGUACCCCUGACGAUGCUGUCGAUAUGUUCUCGUCGAAGAAACAGUCCUUUAUUCAUGCGCACGGAGAGAACAGUCCUGAGAGCAGCAGGGUCAGGGUAGCGCAGCUCAUUUCCAUAUUAGCAGUUGUUUUUCUCUACAAAUACUUCUCUGUAACUGACCACUUCACUACUAAGAAAUGAGAUUGCACCUUUUACUCGGCCUGAAGAAAUGACACGAAUGGAGCAGGCGAAGUUCAGCUAAAACAUUCUGUUUAUAGCAUCAGCACCGGCAGAUCAAACGAUGUCCCUGCAGUUUAUUCUUUCUUACUGUCGUUAGGCAGAAAGGAAAAUUAGCAAGAACAAAUAGUUACUAUCUUGUACACUUGAAAGGUAAAUGCUAAAAUUCUCUCUCCUUAUAUGCACACUCGUGUGUAUACAGUAUGUGUUGUUAUAAUAUAAAGUUGGACAUGAAAAGGGAGGCCGGGAGCUGCGCAGCCGGGCCACACGGGGGCGCCAGCGGGCCGCGCAGCCGCAGCCCCGCCGCUUCCUGUGGAGGGAGAGUCAAACAUGGCUGAGGCCGGCAGCACAGCCAGUGAGCUCGCCGGAGCACCACAGCAGCCCCUCGACAAGUAAAGACGUACGGAGAAAGUCCCUUGUUUGAAAUUGCAGAAUUCGCUGGAGUGAGAAAUAGUCAGCGAGGUGUCGAAGUGAACUCCAGCGCCGCUCAGGGUCUCUGUUCUCCUCCGCGGUCGGCUGUGCGGACAGGUGGGCAGCCGAGAGAGGGGGGCCGGCAUGCAGAGGGAUGUGUCCAGCCUCGCCCUCGCCCCCGGGGUCAAGGUGAAGCUGAUCGGCGCCGGGUUCCUGUCGGCCGGGGACCUCGGGGAGCUGCGGCCGCUGGAGCUCAGCAGAGAGGCGGGCAUCACGCAGCAGGAGGCGCUGGAGGCGCUGGAGGCGCUGCGGGCCGCGCGGGGCGAGGCUGAGCCGGGCCGCGGGGGCCGGCUGACCGCGCUGGAGCUGCUGCAGAGGGAGCGGGCUCUGGGGGCGGUCGUCACCUUCUGCUCCGCGCUGGACCGGGCCCUGGGGGGAGGCCUGCCCCUGGGCAAGACCACGGAGAUCUGCGGGGCGCCCGGCGUGGGCAAGACCCAGCUCUGUGUCCAGCUGGCGGUGGACGUGCAGAUCCCCCCGUGUUUCGGGGGCCUGGGGGGCCAGGCGGUGUACGUGGACACCGAGGGCAGCUUCCUGGUGCAGCGCGCGGUGGACCUGGCAGAGGCGGCGGUGCAGCACUGCGGGGCCGUGGCUGGAGACGCAGAACAGCAGGAAGCCAUGAAGGAGUUCACCGUGGAAACCAUCCUCUCGCAGCUCUUCCUCUUCCGCUGUCACGACUACGUGGAGCUGCUGGCCCAGACCUACCUCCUGCCUGAUUUCCUCAGCCAGCACCCCAAGGUGCGCUUGGUGGUGAUCGACAGCAUCGCCUUCCCGUUCCGCAGCAACUUCGAGGACCUGUCCCUCCGGACCCGGCUCCUCAACGGCCUGGCGCAGCAGCUGAUCCAGCUGGCCACCCAGCACGGCGUCGCGGUUGCACUGACCAAUCAGAUGACGACAAAACUGGGGAAAAGCCAAUCAAUGCUUGUGCCUGCUUUAGGUGAGAGCUGGGGCCACGCCGCCACACAGAGGCUCCUGCUGCACUGGGAGGGGCCGAGCAGGUUCGCGUCGCUGUACAAGUCUCCCAGCCAGAGAGAGGCCACCGUGCCCUUCCAGAUCACAGCUCAGGGCUUCAGGGACGUCCCACCUGCUGACCUGCAGCUGCCCUCGGCUGACCCCUCUGCAGCCCCCUCUGGAGACCCCCCGACGUCCCGCAAGAGACCCCGUGCAGACGAGGGAGAGCUUUCGGGGUCCAGUCGCCGGCCCCCCGCACACGAAGGGCAGUCGUUGUCCUGACGCUGGGCUUGGUUCCCCGUGUCCUUAACUCCCCAGGCCUGCUGAUCCCUUCAGUGUCUGUGUGUCCAGCAGUACCCCUGCCCCCGGAUUGGCGGGUUAUUGAAAGAGUCUUCUGCCGAGCCAGGCAAUGUCAUCACUUGUAACUGGAGUUAGCCGUUGUCUGUUUUUAUGGGUUUUUUGUCUUCAUUUAAAAAUCAAGCAGUUGUCCAGUGGACAGGGUUAUAAUAGAUGUAGAUGUCUGUUUCCAUAUGUGAUGUUCUUGUUUGCAUAUAGUGUGUAAUACACAGAUAUAAGUGUAUUUCUUUGUUCUACGAAAAAGUAAAUGAAAUCCUUUAUAUAUGGUUCUCCUUAAGUUUUAAUCACCCCUGAUCUCACUUGGCCAUCUGUGUUUCCAAUAAUGGAGCAAUAUGUUAAUGCAUCCAUCCACACUGCUGACAUGAAGGUGGUGGGGUUACACUUGACUGAUUAAUCUCUCCCUCUUACAUUUAGUUCUGAUAGCUGCAGAGCUCAGGGCCCUGUGAAAGAGGCAGUUGGGUAUACACAAGGUAAAAACAAGGCCCUGUACUCGGAUAGCUCCCCCUCAGGCUUGGCCCAGUCUUCACUGACUUUGGUAGCACUUUCAUUAGUCCUUGAAGAGCCUCUUUCAGGCGAGUCCAUCAGUGGGCUGCACAGGCAGUAUUUCACCCGCCCAUCACUGGCUGAGAGCGCUUGCGGUGCAUCUCGUAAUUAAAUUAUACACUUAAUAGCUGGCUUCAGGAGGGGCAUUCGGCAGUCAGGUGAAAUAUGAGUGCUUGGCCUUAUCUGUCCUGGUUUCGGAGGGAGAGCAAUAUAGAUAUUGAAAGGGGUUUCGCUUUUAAAUUGCUGGCUCUUUGUCUUUCGCAAGAUAUGAAUCUGGCUUAUCAUGCGAGCACAGUGGAUUUGCUUUGGGUUUUUUUUUCGUUUUAGAAUCCCCCUCUAGCUCCUGCAGUGCAGGGUUGCGACGCGAGCCCAGUAAGGCGCAGGCCCUGUCCACACAAUCCCAGUUCUGGUCACCUGCUCCAGGAGUGAAGAGAAAGUCUCCUCCAGGAAAGUGAGGCAGUGGCAAGCCCAGGGCUGGGAUCAACGAUUGUCUUGUCACGGGACAGAAAACGCAGUUAAGACGCCUCCAGGCUCUAAAGCAAUCUUUCUUAAAGAGGCAUGGUGGAGAUGGCCUGGUGUGAACCCCAUUCUCCAUUGAUCAGGGGCUCGCCUUGCUUAUUAGAUCAAUUAUAUGUUUUAAAUUAUAUUUAUAGAAUCAUUGCAUUUUAUUUUACAGUUUAGAUUGACUAGGUAUUUUUACUCAUCCAUUUUGCAAUAGCUGUUUUUUUGCAUAGGCAAAGGAAGGCUCCUCUGGCCCUCUCACCUCUGCACCGCUCAGGUCUGAAAACAUCACAGAUACCGCAGACCUGCACCGUGUGCCUGCAGGCGUCCGUGUGGCCACAGGGGUCUCUGUGUUUCCCGUGAGCCAUGAGAGUCCAGGACGACGAAUCCCAGAAUCUCCAGGGCUCUAGCCAGGCUCAUGAUCACAAUCGUGAGACUGCUCCAAGGAGCCACUCGGAGGCCCCUGUUUUGAGUGAGGGUGACGUGGAAGUGGGAGUAAUAUCCACAGAAAAACAUCUGUGCAUGUUAAUGAGCCUGCCCUUCGCCAGGGAGCGACAAAAUGGUUUACAAAAACUUCAUCAUGUUUGUUCAGUUGUGUACACAUUAAAAUUCUAACAUGACAGAUAAAAUUGA